AUGGAGGAUCGGGGUGCAGACAUAGACAUCCACAAUUUCUCGGCCUCGCCAUCUCAGCACCGUCUGCCAACUGUCUCGGGCAUCGAGGCCCUUCAGAACGCAGCGGCUGGGGCCAAAGGCAUUCCCUCGGGCCUUCCUGCUUUAGACUCUCUUCUUCUACCAAACUAUCUCUCCAUUGCUACCCCAGGCAUUCAGAGAGGGCAUGUCACCGAGGUAUUUGGACCUCCAGGAGUUGGAAAAACGACUUUCGCACUUCAAUUGGCUGUUAACGCUCUCCGCUCUUCCAGCAGCGAGUCUCAUGUCCUGUGGGUCAAUACGGGAUCGCCACUAAUCGAGAAACGGAUUCAUGAGAUAUUGGAAGCACGACAUUUGGGAGAUGACUGUGAUACAUCCUCCUCGCCGCCCGCCCCUUUCGACGCAGAAACGCCCCUUGAGAAGUUCAUGUAUCUUGAAUCCAACACAUUACCUAGGCUGUUGGCAUUGUUUCUGCAUCCAACACGGACCUUUCCAUCCCAGGAGACGUGCUUGAUUGUCGUGGAUGACUUGUCCAAUUUGGUGCUUGGCUCCUUCUCGAGGAAUCCGAAAAGCCUGAAACCUGGGCCCCCUGCUGCUCUCAGAGAGAAAUUGGAGAAGAGGGCGGCUGGGCGACGCUUCCAGAUCAUUGAAAGUCUGGCUGCUGCGAUGUCAAAAACAGCCGCUCUCAAGAAACUCGCCGUUGUGGUACUGACUAAUGCAACGAUGAGCUUGAAGAUUGGGCAGAAAGCCACCCUGAAACCGGCAUUAUCGAGUCAAGCAUGGGAUACCGCCGUGCAUACCCGGAUCAUACUGUACCGCGACUUCCCGGACGAGCAACAAGAGGCCGAGAUGUCUGAAAUUGACGCUACGGAGUUGCGCUACGCCGAGAUCCAACGGCUGGCACGCAAGGACGUAUACAGAACGCCAGUGCCUUUUGUCAUCCUCACUCGCGGUCUCCAGCCUUUGACCCUAGACAUGUCAAGCAGUGGGAAUCAAUUGGCAGAUGAAACGAACGUGGCAGAUGAAAUAAACGAUGCAGCUGGACUAAUGACUGAAAAUGAUGUCCCUCUUCUUCCCUUUGAGUUGUCUAAGCAGUCCCAGUCCAAAAAGCGUAAGGCUAUCGAGAUUGCUGAUAGCGAGGAUGACGAUGAUGAGGACGACGAGCAGGACAUCCGCUCAGAUCUCGACGAAAUGCAGCUUCCACGCAUGCUUCGUCGAGGAGGAAGCGCUUCCAACAAGCCGGAGGAGAUGAUUCUGGACACACACGAGCUCGCCAUUCUAAGAAGCUAUAGGUACGCUAGCAUCAGGGGUUCCGAGGAUGCGCUCGGUAUAUCCUCCUCGUCGUCAGAGGGUGAGGACGAGACUGAUUCUGAAAUCAACGUUCAUCACGGCGAGGCUGUGCGGUAG